AGCACAGUAAUGGCAUAUCUGUAAUACACAUGAGCAGACUUACAAAUCUAUAAAUGGCUGAUCAGAUCUACUAAGUACAAGUGUUUUCAGCUUUCCUAAUCUUGUCAGUAACUAACUUGUAUUGGAACUUGGCAGGCUAGUGGAGAUUUUAGUUUCAAGAAUCGGCACACAAUUAAAGAAACUAUGGACAUGUAAAGAGAGAUGGAUGAUGGAAAUUGGUUUAGGUGUAGGAAUCUUGUAUUGGUUUUCGCAAUACUAUUUGCGGUUGUAAUGGUGGUUCGGCAUUUUGAACUUCCGUAUGGUAGUGAAUUUCUGCCGUUAGUACAUUCUCCCAAAGCUUCGUAUGACAAGAAAAGCUAUUUUCCUGUUGGAGGAGAAUCGUCGUCUGAAUUUGAAUUGGAGAGGAAUCAAAGCUUGAAGGGUGAUCCAGGAUUUGUAAGUAGUACAAAUCAAAGUCCAUUUCAAAGGGUUAUAGGGGAGAGCGAGGAUGAUAGAAAUUCUGCCAGUAAUGGAGUUACUAAGGGCAGAAUCUCUCCUUCUUCUAAUCAGAAUGGGAAUUCAGAUUCUGGCUUAGCAGUACCACCAGCAAUUCCAGCCUCGUACACAAAUACGGAUUCCAACUUAGCAGUUCCUGUAAUGCCUGCUAUAGACAAGACUGAUUCGAGACCAAAAGAUGCCAACUACAGCUCUCCUGGAGAUGUAAAGCCCAGACCUGUUGAGGGUAAUUUCACAGGAUCAACUGAUUUGCCUCCAACUGAUUUUCCAGCAGUGAACAAGAGUGCAACGAUGUUAGUGAUGCCAAUAUCCAAGAUGAAUGAGUUCUUGCAUAUGAGUUACUCAUCACCUCAUUCUCAACCAUCACAACUUCAUUCAAAAGUUCACAAGAAUCUAGUAUAUGCAAGAUCACAGAUAGAGAAUGCCCCCGUCAGUAGAAAUGAUGCAGACCUUUAUGCACCUCUGUAUCGUAAUGUUUCCAUGUUUUCAAGGAGCUAUGAAAUUAUGGAGAGCAUGCUAAAAGUCUAUAUCUACAAGGACGGCGAAAAACCGAUCUUUCAUGACUCGAUACUUGAGGGAAUCUAUUCAUGCGAAGGUUGGUUCUUGAAGCUGUUGGAGGCAAACAAGCAGUUUGUAACAAAAGACCCUGAAGAAGCUCAUCUGUUUUACUUACCUUUCAGUUCUCGGUUGCUGCAGUUAACUCUAUAUGUGAAGCAUUCACAUAACCGUGAAAAUCUUGUGCAGUACAUGAAAAACUAUGUCGAGAUGCUCAUAACAAAAUAUCCUUACUGGAACAGGACUGAUGGAGCGGAUCAUUUUCUUGCAGCUUGCCAUGAUUGGGCCCCAGCAGAAACAAGAGGAAGAAUUCUCAAUUGCAUUAGAGCUCUCUGUAACGCAGAUAUUAAAACUGGUUUCAACAUAGGCAAGGAUGUCUCGCUUCCAACAACAUAUGUUCGAUCACCUCAAAAUCCUCUAAAAGAUAUUGGAGGCAAUCCUCCUUCAGAAAGGCCAAUCCUUGCAUUCUUUGCAGGGUACAUGCACGGAAAUGUUCGUCCAGUUCUUCUACAACACUGGAGCAACGACACUGACAUGAGAAUCUUCAGCAGAAUGCCGCAUGUCAAAGGUAACAAAAACUACAUCGAGCACAUGAGAAGCAGCAAGUACUGCAUCUGCGCUAGAGGGUUCGCAGUGCACAGUCCAAGAGUUGUGGAAUCAAUCUUCUACGAGUGUGUCCCGGUUAUAAUAUCCGACAACUAUGUGCCUCCUUUAUUUGAGGUGUUGAACUGGGAAUCCUUUGCCGUUUUUAUUUUGGAGAAAGACAUUCCAAAUUUGAAGAACAUUUUGCUUUCGAUCUCGGAGGAAAAGUACCUUGAGAUGCAAAACAGAGUGAAGAGGGUACAGAAACACUUUCUUUGGCAUGCUGAGCCUGUGAAGUAUGAUUUAUUCCAUAUGAUUCUUCACUCCAUUUGGUAUAAUAGAGUUUUCAGGAUGGCUCCCAUUUGAUUACUAUAACACACACACACACACACACAUUUUUAUAAGAGGUCAAAUAUAGGAUUUUAUACGGUUCUUUUUAAAGUUUAGCUUAAUUUUUAAUGAUCAAAUAUAAAUUUUGAAAUUUGUGUAUAAUAAAAGUAAGUGUUUAGAAAUAGUAUUUUAAUUAAUUUCCAUUAAAUACUUGUGUAAUCUAAGAAGUGGUCGCAAACUGUAAGUCUGAUCAGAUCUAUUCAAAUGCAUUGCUUCGAUCAUUAUACUGUA